AUGAAGUUCUCCGCCGCCACCAUCCUCGCCGUUGUCGGCCUCGUUGCUGCUCAGCUCGACGGUAUCCCCUCGUGUGCCGUCACUUGCUUGAACAACGCCGUCACUUCCACCGGCAAGUGCCAGGCCGGUGACGUGGCCUGCUUGUGCAGCCCUGCCAACUACCAGGCCAUCGUCACCGCCGGUACCCCCUGCGUCCUGGCCUCUUGCGGUGCCGAGGUCGCUGCCAACCAGGUUCUGCCUGCCGCUGGCAAGAUCUGCGCCGCCGUUGCUGGCGGUGGUGGCCCUGCCUCCUCUGCCGCCGCCGUCCCUGCCGUCUCUUCCGCCGUUGCCUCCGUCUCCUCCGCUGUCGUCGCCUCCGUCUCGAGCCGCGUCGCUUCUGCCUCCAGCAGAGCCGCCUCCAUCACCAGCAGAAUCUCUCAGGCCAGCGCCUCCGCUUCCGCCACCAGGACCGUUGUUGUUACCAGCGCCGUCACCAGCCGCAACGGCACCUCCACCGCCACCUCCACCGUCGCUCCCGUCACUGUCAACGGUGCCAACGUCCAGGGCCCCGUUGGUGUCCUCGCCAUGCUGGCUGUUGGUGCCCUUGCUGCCCUGUAA